AUGUCUUCUCUUCGGGAACAGCUGGAAUAUCAGCAAAGUCUCAGUCCUCAGCAUGGAUACCAGCCACACCCACAGCAGCAGCAGCAACCGCAGCAUCUUGCGCCUGCCAAUUUGGCACCUCAAGCUUGCUCGUCAUGUCGAAAGCAGAAGCGGAAAUGCGACAAGCAGAUACCGCAAUGUGGUCUUUGCCUGAGGAUCGGUCGAGCAUGCGACUACAGUGCCGAUGCACCUCCUCCAAUGCCUUCAGCCGAUGAUUUCGAAGCGCUCAGGCAGAAGGUGAUGGACUUGGAAGGCCUUCUGUCCCGAGCCGUGAACACCCCGAACAGCGGCCUGUCCAACGGCAGCAGCGGUGGCGUGAACAUGAGCAAUGGCUCGUCGUCUUUGAGCAACGGCCAGAGCCCCGCCAACGUUCUGGCUCUAUCGCCUGCCCCACCGCCGGGUCCCUGGCCGGGACCGACUACAUUCCCAAGCAUGUUCUUCCUAGAUUCGGAUGCCUUCGAAUACGACCGAUUUCAUGUUCAGAUGCCGUACGUCAAGGUACCACCAGGCGCUCUGACUGCUCUCGGAAGCUCGGCAGAGCUCAGAGAGAUGAUCGAGUUAUACUUUGCCACUAUUCACACAUACAUGCCUAUCAUCUCGAAGAUUCGUCUCUACCAGCACUUGUCGAGCCCGAUGCACGAACCUGGUGCAGAGAUUGCUCUCCCCUUUCUGGCGAUGAAGUUGGUGACUAGCGAGGUACCCGAGGGGAUGGUGCCACAGACCCAACUCUACCAGGAUGUGAAGUCCUUCCUGAGUUACGUCGAAGCACAAAACGGGUUCAGUAUACAGAUGAUGCAAGCGCUCUUGUUAGUAUCGCUCUAUGAGCUAGGCCACUGCAUCUAUCCCGCAGUGUACUUGUCGAUCGGCCAUGCAGCACGGCUUGGGCAUGCCAUGGGACUGCACGAAAAGGGUGCUCCGCAAAUGCUGCCAAGACCAAAUACCUGGACAGAGCAAGAAGAGCGUAGACGCGUAUGGUGGUCGGUGAUUGUGCUUGAUCGGUUCGUCAACAUCGGUCACCGCAGCAAACCUUUCGCCAGCUCGGACCCCAGCCUUGACGCUAUUCUUCCCACAGACGACAGCUCUUGGGACCAAGGACAAAUGCUGGUAGCUGCACCUCUUGCGCUAUCGGCAAGUCAGACCAUCAGAGCCGCGCCAUUCGCACGCACAUGCCAAGCGAGUCACCUUCUCGGUAAAGUGGUAAGGCACGUGAAUGAGAAGAACCUCCCGGCGGACUAUCGAUUCACCGAAGCGCUACAACUACAUCGAACACUUCAAGCCCUAUCCAGUGUACUGCCUGAUGAGGCUGCAGAGGACGAUCCGACGCAUAAGCCGACACUUUGCACUUCCAUGGCAGUCUGCUAUUCCGCUUUGCUGACGCUGUAUGAUGCAUACAGCUGCACCGAGAAGAGACUAGAAAACGGGCCAGAAGAGCAGCUCGUGAUGCAGAAAGAGGCGAUAGAUGGCUUGAGUGCGGUGUCUGCAGAGGUUGUACACCUCGCACGACGAGUCCGUGGCUUCAUCGAGAAAGCCGGCCUCGGUCGUGUCAGUCCACUCGUAAUUGAUAGCCUGUAUCAGGCAGCAGCGAACUAUGCCUGGUACGUUAGAGAAUCGUCCAGACCAGAGUGCCACGAACGUCUACAAGAGAUCAAAGAAGUACUAGUAUUGCUUGAUCGUCGAUGGAAGGUCGCUGGUCAGUAUCUCUUCCACGUGAGCGAGUUCUGGGAUAGCCUGAAUACCAAUAACAAUCACUGA